AUGGGUGACGCUGCGUUGCUGGACGAUCCUAAACAACUAAUCUAUGAGAACAAUCGUCUCCGGAGCCGCCUCCGCGACAUAGAGGAAGUUCUUCAGCAAAACGACCAAAACUACAACGAACUAGACAACAAGCACAAAGUGGUCCUCGAGGAAAAUAGGGAACUGGAGAAGAAGCUCGACCAAGAGAGGAAGGAACACUUGUUUUCACUCGAAUCAGCUAAUCAACUACGGGAUGAUGAGAAGCACAAAUUCGAACGCGAAUUAGCGAAGCUCCGCCAAGAAAACGAGCAGAUCAAGGCGGCCACAGUCGAAAUCUCAUUUGAGGAAAACCCACCAAACACCAAUAUGGGGGCAUCAUUUGUAACCGAGGAUGAACAGUCGGGCCGUUCAUACGCAGAAUACCUGGAGCUGCAAACUGUGAACGCGGAACUUCGGACGUGCCAAGAGCAACUACAAGCUCUAGAGGCGGCGCAUGAUGACAAGUUGUUCAAGAUGAAUACGCUGAAUAUCGAGUUGGAGAAGCUGAAGGAAGAAAAAGAAGAGCUCACGUCUUCACAGGCAGCCAGCAGCGCCUGCAGUUACUUCGACCCAGCCGGCGGCGAUUCUAUUUUUUCCGAGCUUACCAACGACCACAGCCACCUCGAGCAGACGGUCCGAAGUUUGCAGGAACAACUGGUGGAGACCUGUCACGAAAAUGCCAAGCUAAAAGCCGAGUACGAAGAGGUGUUGCGGCUUCGCGAUGAGAGUACAACGACCCUCUUACCAAAGACGGGUGACGACAACUCGAGCCUGACCGUCGUCGCUGCGCCCAUCGGCGGGACUUACGUCGGCGGCAUGUUCGGAGUGGUCGUCGGUAUGCUACUCGUGUUCGCCUUCCUGCUCUACUGCUUGUGCCUCCGCCCGGUCCGGUUCGUCAUCGACGCCGUUCAUUUGAACAGCCUCUACAACAAACACCAACUGAUC